CAGCGCGGCUGCUUGCAGCAAACGGUAGCAAGGACUAAACCCAUUGCGUCAAGUCGAGUGUGUACUCCCUGGUUCCAGCUACGUUCCCUCUUGCCAUGCUCCCCCAAGCUUAAGCGUUUCUUGAAUCCUAAACCUCGCGAAUUGACCGUCGCCUCGCUGGAGAUCGCGUUGGCCAGCCAUGUCAUCCUGGUAUCCCUCCUGGCUACCGCGCCUUUCGUCAUUUGACUUCACCCUGCCCUCUGCCAUACAACGUCGUUUCUUGUCAUUCAUCCUCAAGCAGACCCUUGGCCACUUUCUCAAGCCAGGUCAACUGGAUCUCCAUCAGAUUGAUUCUCAGAUUGGUUCGGGCUACGUCCAAGUUAAAGACCUUGAGCUAGACAACAACGCCAUAAAUACUCUCCUAUCAGGCUUGCCACUUCAGCUUCACAAUGGUUUCAUAACCUCUGCAAUCGUCCGUGUUCCACUACCCAACCCUUUGACAUCGAAUGUCGGCCUGUCCAUCCGUUCAUUACACCUCACCUUUCACGUCGCACCUCAUUCGCCGCUCUAUGCUUUCGAACCUGAUCUGACGCUUGCCAAAUCGGUGGUUUCUGUCGCUGAGACUUUCGUACACAAUGAGCUCUCCACGCAGGAAGAGGAAGACCUCCUAGAGUCUCUCCCACCCGAAGUGACUAUUUCCCAGAAUUUGCCUGGUGGUUUGGAGCCCGUCACCACAGGAGAGCAGAUUAACGAUACAGAUCCUGCCGGUGUUUCCCUCUUUGCGACGCUCAUAGAGUCACUUAUGGCUAGGUUUGAGUUCAAAGUCGAAGAUACUAAGAUAACAAUUAUUUAUCCUGGCCGCGGAAGCUUCACCCUUGCUGUGGCAGAGCUGACGUAUGGCGCCACAAACUCUGAACCUCCUCGUUCAGAUAGUAGCCUUGCCGACAGUAUCGAACAACCUGUUAGGUCGCAGAAGUUGUCUCGAAGAAUCAACAUUUCGGGCAUCAAUAUAACAUACCGCAACUUACAACCGUCAGAACAUCUAUCAGCUAGUAAUUCAGGGAAGGAUGGAUGUCAGAUUGAUACGAGGUUCCCAGCUCGCACGGAGCUCGACACGGAUUCCGGCGAGGAAAUAGACACCCCAACGUCUGAUAUUGACGAAGAGACACAGAUGAUGAUGAGCCAAUCCAUCAUAGGACUGCCGGAGUUUAAUCAACCUCCAUCCGAAUCUUCUUGCUCACCCAGUGGUAGCAUGUAUGAAAGCGCCAUAACCCAUCAUCCAGAAGUCAACCAAUCGUCGGGCUCUCUAAGGGCAGCUCCAGCUGCUGAAGACGAACUCGUAUUGUCGUUCGGAGAUCAGCCUCUGGUUAUAUCUAUCCAAACACCAGCCAUUUUGGAUCGUUUCAUCAACUCUUCCACCGCCUCAAGUCAGGCGACCAAGCCAGGACAUGCGGGAGAAAAUCUGGUAGCUGAUCUGAAGGUUGGACCCAUAGCGUGCGCCUUAUGCCCUCAUCAUGUUCUUUUAAUCUGUGGAAUAUUGGAGCUGUCGGGAUCAAGCAAUCCUUCACCCUCGAAGCCCAAGGGCAUACCGCCGUCCGGCGGACCAGGUAUUGGUUUCGAGGUGAAUGCCAGGCUUGGGGGAUUGUCUAUCUUCCUCUUGGGAAAUACGGCAUCUCGAUACCUGAGUUCCGGAAGUCAGAUCUUCAGGACACCAUUCAAAUCGCCCCAGCUACCAGUUGCAUCAAUGCAGCUUAAGAUAGAACGAGUGUCGUGUUCAUUCCAUCGUUCUUUCUUGCAUCCACAGCCCGGCAAAUCACCCAGCCCUGCACGACAACCAGGCAGCGCCAAGACAAUUUUCCGCUCUUCGCUACGCGUUGAUAUUGAUGAUGUCUCGAUUUAUGCUUUCCCUGCAAUAUCCCCUACGACCACUACCCGGGAAGAUUGUCUUGCGUAUCCCAUUUUGACCAUGGAUCACGCGCUGGUGUCAAAAUCAACACCACAACCUUCGCGGCCCCGCACUGGUAGCAUUGGCGAUGCAUCUGCCAUUCCAAAGUUUGCCACUGCAAAUUGGGACCAAUACGGCAAACAGCAUAUGGCAAGCAGCGUCGGCGGACCCAAGGGCGGAGAACACAAGGAUACUGCAGUGCUUGUUGAGGUUGAGAGCCACUUGGAGCCUUCUCAGGCAAUAGCCCGCGCAAGGAUAGCGCCGGUACAUGUAUUCUGUGACCUAGAUGUCCUCCUGAAUCGCGAAGGGUGCAACUUGAUUUCGCUAAUCGAGGAAAUUCAGCAUGCUUUUGAACCCGCAAACCUGAACGAUAGUUUCCGGUCCUCAGACUCAGAAUCUACUGCCACAAUCGACAGUCCUAUAUUACAUUCUCAGAAUUUGCGCAAUCUAAGUCCACGUCGAUCGACCCAUGAACAUGGUUCUGGGAAUCAUGAUGCUCUAAACCUCCAGUUUAGUUCCGCCAAGUCUCCCAAUUACGAUCAUCAGGACAACGUUGGCGUGGUUGAUGCAGUGCAAUAUAAUGUAACUUGUCCUGUGCUGCGAUUCGAUCUUCGUUGUGGACCUCCUCCCAACCGAAGUCCUCGCUCUGGCUCUCUAGUGGCUACCGUCUUCGACUUUGGCCUUACGAAUAUCCCUUCGACCGUCCCCGACAACACAUCCGCUUUCCAUGGCUAUGUUCCUGACACUCAUCAGCGUAACAAUGAAGGCGAAUUCCAUAUAUGGUGUCAGCGAGCUUUUCUAGCGUACUCGUUGAUGGGAGAAUCUCAGGCUCCAAUAUUCUGCUCUUUGGGCUCUCUGGUGCCCUCUGGGGGCGUAACAAACACACUGAACAGGCACGGAAUCUCCUUGUCCAUCUCUUUGCCUUUGACGCUCAGGUUUUCCCGAUCAUCUUCCAUGACGGAAGUUGCUCCUUUGAAGUCACACAUCAGUAUCCAUGUACCCGCCACCGAUAUAAUCCUAACCAAGCCAGCUCUGGAUGGACUACAGGAACUAGCCGAUGAUCUGUCCCAGGCUACUGGUCGUGUCGCGUCCAGCCUUGACCAAAGAGCUGGGGCAUCAGGGGGACCAUCUCAAGGAUCGUCAAGGAUCGUCAGCCCAAUUAUGGCUGAGAACGGAGUGACGAGGACCACCGCUAGCGCUACAUGCGGAGAAGUGUUCGUGAGGCUCCUUGUGCCCAGACAGGAUAAUGCCAUUCAACCAUUGGAUGUCACGAUGUCUGAUGUGGUCGUCGAUGUCGAGCUGGGGCGUGAUGGAAGGGACGAUAGUCGAUUCUCGCUAGCAAUCGUAGAUGCGCAGGUGGAAAAUCACUCACUCUCCCAAGAAACUUCUCACCUCAUAACGCGCACACCCCCUGUGUUCUUGGGGGGUCAGCAAAGGGCAAUGAUCAACGUCGACUUUCGAUCUACCGUUGUAUCCUCAACGCGGGGGAAAUUGUCCACCAUUAGCCUCGACUUAUGGGAAUUCACCUUGGUUGUACCUCCUGAGCUGGAAUGGGUGUCAAGUAUCACGCUUUUUGCCAAAGCUCCCCCAGGUGUUUUCGAAUCCGUUGUCCCAGCUGAACGCACCACUCUCCUGGUGAACAUCAACGAUGGCUAUAUCAAGAUUCUAGCACCCUCGCACCCGGGAGCUUGUGUAUAUCUCAUUGACGACCUCACCAUUUCUGCGAAACUGUUUGGAAGUUCGAAGAAAAUGGCUUUGAGCGCUUCACUGGCGUCUUCGUCCCUGUUCUUUACUGACGCUUUGGCUGACAUAUCGGAAGUCCAAGAAGACCAGCAGUCUAUGUCACAUCUUACUAAGCUUAAGCGAGCAGGGUAUGCCCUGAUGGGCGAGGCGAACCAGCUUCAAGUGGUGUAUCAUACAAAUCCGGGUCAGAUACCUUCAUCAAAGGUCGACAUCGAACGGUGUGAUCUCCGAAUUCAUAUCUGCGCAGACACGAUUGCCGCAUUUGGGAGCUUCAUGAUGAAUGUUACGAGUGCUUUUACUCCAAGUCCUUCCAAGGAAUCAACCGUCUCUACAAACGACAGUCACCGAACUCAGCAGGCUAAGCAAGAUCUUAGAGUUUCAUUUGAUGAAGAGGCAUUCCGCACCGCCCCAGAACUCGGGACGGCGCCAGACAUGAUUCGCGAUGACCUACCAACGAAUUUGGAUUACUUGGAUGCUUCCUUUGGCGCCGCUGCCGGCUUGCGCGAGCUAACUGAAGGCGACUUGGCCGACUUCACGGAUACCCAAACAUUCCCACCCUCUAACCAAGCGCCAGGAGUAGUCUCCAACGUUGGAGGAGAGACUGUACGGAUCUUGAAGCCAUUUCAAUUUGUAGACGACUAUCACCAAUCGCUGCCGCCGGAUAUGUCGGAUGGAGCACCAGGUGGCUCUGAGGACAUCGACGUGGACAUCCAGCUUUCGCACUGCAAUAUUGCUCUACUCUUGUAUGAUGGUUAUGACUGGGUUCGCACCCGCAAAGUCAUCGAACAAGAGGUCAGAGAAAUGCGCCAUCGACUCGCCAAGAUACGACAACUGGUAGCGUCUGGUCAGACCGAUCAUGGCGUAGGGGACACAAGCACGCUGGUUUUUAAUUCUAUCCACAUAGGUUUGGAGCAAGACCUUGACGUACUGGAACCUGGGGCCAUCAUAUCUGCAAUCGACGAAGAGCUUAAUGGAGCAGAGAACGAGUCACAAAGUUCUUGGCAAACUCUGCAACAGCCUGUCCACUCUCCCAACAGUUCGACCAAGAGCACUUUUGGGAGGCGUCUCGUGCGAUCCAGAGGGCCUGUUAUCGAGAUCCGUCUGUCAAAUGCAAGUGCCCGAGUUCAGCAAUUUUUACCCAGCAAAGAGACCGUGUCUCGCACCCUCAUCGUGGUCGAGAACUUGGAGAUACUUGAUCAUGUGAAGACAUCAACUUGGCGGACGUUCUUGACGUCUUUGCGUGCAGAUACACGGGGCAACGUUCGGGAAACGGAUUCCAAUAUGGCGCGCAUUGAGCUUUUGACAGUGAAACCAACGCCUUCUGAGUCUUCGGUCGAAGUUAGACUUCGUGCUAAGAUACUCCCUCUGCGACUCUAUGUCGAUCAAGAUGCGCUAGACUUCUUAAAGAAGUUCUUCAGCUUCAAGGAUCCUGAUGCUGUCGUCGAACCCACAAAGUCGGACGACGAGAUAUACAUUCAGUCUGCUGAAAUUUUUCCCAUAGGCAUCAAGCUUGACUACAAACCUCGUCGGGUGGAUUAUAGAGCUCUCCGCGAGGGCCGGACGAUUGAGCUAAUGAAUUUCUUCCACUUCGAUGGGGCAGAAAUGACACUCCGCCAUUUGACACUGAAAGGAAUUACAGGAUGGCCAAAAUUAUUCGACCUUCUGAAUGAUUUAUGGACUCCAGAUGUGAAGGCAACACAACUUGUGGAUGUCAUUUCUGGUGUUUCGCCGAUACGCUCGGUCGUAAAUGUUGGCUCAGGCGUUGCUGAUCUGGUCCUUCUUCCUAUCGCGCAAUACAAGAAGGAUGGGCGUGUUGUACGUGGACUACAGAAGGGCACGAAGGCUUUCGUCCAGUCCACGGCGAUGGAGGCCAUCAAACUUGGCGCACACUUGGCAACUGGGACCCAGGUCAUCCUCGAGCAGGCUGAGAACGUGCUCGGGGGACAGUGGCAAGAUCAAAUAACAGCUGAAACGCUCGCACCAUUUAACGAGGAGCAGCUUACAGAAGCUUCACCCGAGGAGAUCAGAAACACCAUCAGCAAGUAUGCUGAGCAACCCGCUGGCAUGACGGAGGGGAUGCAACUCGCCUAUAAGAGUUUGCAGCAAAACUUCCGCUCUGCCGCGCAGACCAUCCUGGCUGUGCCAAUGGAAGUAUAUGAGAACUCUGGGCAGGGGGGAGCCAUGAAAGCCGUGGUACGGGCGGUGCCCAUUGCCGUUCUCAAGCCUAUGAUCGGUGCCUCCGAAGCAGUCAGCAAGACCUUGAUGGGUCUUCACAACACCUUGGAUCCCAGUGUACAACUAGACAAUGAUGCCAAGUACAAGCAUCGGUAACCAGUCUCACGAAUUCUCCAACGCCAUGCAUGCAUAUGAAUCACCCACAUUUGUAAUUUUUGGGUUCAGUAGCAAUAUUUCCAUGUAGACUAGGCCAGCAAUAUUCCAUUCACAGUUCAC